AUGGCUCCAAAGAAGGACGCAAAGGCCGAUAAGGGUCAAGCCAAGCCCGCCAAAUCCGGAGGCGGCAAGCAGAAGAAAAAGAAGUGGAGCAAGGGAAAGCAGAAGGAGAAGGUGAACAACAUGGUGCUGUUCGACCAGGCCACGUACGACAAGAUGCUCUCCGAAAUCCCCAAGACGAAGCUCAUCACCUCCUCCGUGCUUUGCGACCGCCUGCGCAUCAACGGCUCCUUGGCUCGGCGGGCCAUCAAGGACCUGUUGUCGCGAGGCAGCAUCCGUGUUGUGUCCACGCACGCCACACAGUGCAUCUACACCCGUGCCACCAACACGUAA